AUGGCUUACCAGAGUGACUUUGCCGCAGGUGCCCCUGCAAACAAAAACUUCAGCAAGAUAGGUCCCCGCACACCAGGCCAGCACACCCAGCUCCCGUCUCCUGCAACGCGACGGGCAACGCGGAGCACGAGGAAGAUGAUGCCAGAAUCCCCGCUACUGAGCGCAAACGCUCUUGAGGAGUUCGAUAAAGCGCGCCGAGCGCAGAUAAAGCAAGAAAAGGGGGCUGGUAGUGGCAAACGUCAAGCCACCACUGGCAAAGCUCAUCGAACAAUGAAGGAAGAAAUGGCCAAGUCUACUGCAGUAAACCAGGCCGCACUUGGGUAUCAAGGUCAUUCUGCAAAGACUGUUCACCCUUUAACGUACUCACCUCCGUCAACCUCUGCAUUCGAGUCGCCGCGACUUGGUACCCCAGAAGAACGGACGGGCAUGAAUGCAACUUCUGCUUCGACGCCAUCAUCCAUUCCAUCCUCGCCUUUGCAGCGCCUCAACUCGAAGCACUCGGUGCAGCCAUCUCGUCAGAUGCAGAAGAGAACCCAGGAUGACCUGUGCCGCGAGCUCAAUGAGAGAUCUUGCGAUGCCCAGGACAAAUCAGAGGAACAAGUUCAGCAGCAAGAAAGAUCAACGGCAAUGAGGGGAAGGGUGCCUUUGGCCAACGUGGACGCUGCCGCAGAAGGUGAUAGCCGUGAGGAGACCAUGAGCGUGCCAAUCAAUCUGGGCCACAAUGGCGAUGACGACAAGCAGGGACAUAAUAGGCCUUGUGACCCCGAGACACCACCCCGGGGAAAAAGGUCAAGAAGGCGCCAAAACCGCCAAGAGUUUCCAGAAGAAGACGAACCAGCGGUCCAAAAAGAGCGUCCUUCGGCAAACAGUAGGGAGCGUGCCGGACACAAAGAACAUAAAGGCGAGGGAAGCUAUUCUGGAGUUCGAAGACGUGAGGACCGGGAGUCGUCUGAGCAACCUGAGAUACCUGGUGCCGGCGGUAUGGUGCCGGGACCCCAAGAUCCUAGCAACUUUCCAUGGAAUCCCAACUUGGCGUGGAACUGCCUCGCCAUUGCCUUAUACGCCAUCCUACUCCUGAUGUUGGCUGCUGGCUCGGCUUGGCUACCGUACCGUAUCAUAUACGGAGAUCCGUUCGCAGUUCGUCACCAGCCAGCGUACUACAACGAACCCUUUCUCGAUGGCACUGCCUCAUACAGCGCCCCGGCCGACCUCUUCUCAGAGCCCUUGCCCCUCUUUGACGACUUGUCCGCCAUGCACCGUGGUUUGAUCUCGCUUUCGAGCUUCCGGGCUUUCGGCUCUGGCGAUGCCUGGAGCAAUCAGGAUCCCACGCAUAACAUCACCUCAAUCUUCCAGAAUGUUUUACCUCUUGGUGAUUUCUGGGACACCAAGACGUAUGAGUUCUCGAGAUCCCCUGGAUUCGACAAAGAUACGAUUGUUCUUGACCCUGAGAGCCUGGUUGUUCCAAAGAACCGUGGCGAGGCCACGCUCAUUGACCUCGUUCACCUGCACGGCUCUGUACGACAUAACCUGCAAAUUUCCAUAUAUCAACUGGGAGUGGCAGCCUCGGAAAGCAGACACACGCAGGAUUGGUUUUCUGACAUUCAGAAUCGCUUGGACGAGCUUUCCUAUGCCGCUGAUCUGGACAGCUCAAACGACAGCCGCGACUACCGUGCCGACGAUGAUCCACUACGUGUGACAUACAGUCCAAACGCCCAUUUAUCCCCUAUGAAGGCAUUGGAGGAUGUCAAAGAGACAAAGACAGAAGUCUCCUCAGACCACCCUGGAGUCCACAUGCAGCAGCGCAUGCAGAAGACAAGCUUGCUAGCUCAGCUGGAAGUCACGCGCGAUCAACUCGACAUGCUCCGGCAUCUAUUGGCCCACGCCUCGAUCGAAAAUCUCAAGCACAUUAAGGACAAAGAAAGCGGGUUCGACUUUUGGAAGACAUUUAAACGGGCGGUCUUAUACUUUCGCCCCGGGGCGCCCCUUUACCACGCUGUCCAAAAUGCGGAGGGCGCUGUCGACCUCAAUCCCUGGCGGAGGCAGGUGAAUCACCUUUCAACGGAGAUCUCUGCGAUGAUUGAGGAUCUAGAGACAGUGGUCAAAUGCGAAAGCGACAUCGGCAUGCAGAUUGACGCCCUUGUGACGGCCCAUGCGCAUCCCUAUGAAACUGUCGUCUGGAGGGGGGAGCAAUACGUCUGGUCGGAGAAGCUGGAUGGGUGGAUAACAUAUCGUGAGACCAAAUCUCAGAAGAGCGCGGAGCCAAUGUACGGCUGGGCAACGGAUGCGCGUGCCCAAGCUGCCCAUGGGCUGCGCGCGUGUCGUCCACUUCUGAACGUCGUGACAAACCAUGGCAAGGCAGACGCAAAGCUCAACGCAGCGGACCAAAAGGGAGACAAAGAGACCCGCGGAUUACAUGCAGUCCGACAGUACGUUCCUGGGGCGAAGUGCUUGGCCGCGAGAUACCGUUUUGACGCGGACGCUGCGCGGAAGCAGCAGGAACAGAUCUGGGCCGAAAAAGGGCUGUGGCGCAUGGAGUAUUGGAUGACGCGGGAAUGGGUGAUUGAGGAGUAG